AUGAGGCAGGAGGAGAAGCAGCAGGUCCUUCUCCUGGGAAAAGGCCACUGGAGAGGCUGGAACCGUCCGAAUUCCACAUGGGAGCACCGGAACCAACCCUCUGGGAAGGUCUCCACGGUGCCAGGAGCCAACGGAGGCAUCCGGAGCGGGGAUCCCACAUGGAAUGUGAAGGAGACGUUGCCCCCGUCCCGCCUGGCCCCGCUGCCCCCAGCCUUCUCCCCGCGGGUGUUGCCCCCCCAGGCCACCGAGUACACCUUUGCCUUCAUCCAGGUGCCGCAGGACGAGGAGGCGCGGGCGGACGCCGUGGACAGCGUGGUGAGGGACAUCCAGAACACGCAGUGCCUGCUCAACGUGGAGCACCUGGGCCCGGGCUGCCCCCACGUCACCCUCCAGUUCGCCGACUCCAAGAGCGACGUGGGGCUGGGGCUGGUCAAGGAGGGGCUGGUCAUGGUGGAGCCCCGCAAGGAGAGGCAGUUCCAGAAAGUGAUCACCGAGUACCUGAACGCGCAGGAGGCGGCCAAGAGUGCCCGGCUGAACCUGUGGCGUUACGGUGAUUUCCGGGCUGACGACGCGGACGAGUUCGGCUACAGCCGCUGAGGGGCCGGGGGGGCUGC